UGGGGUGGGGGGGAAGGUGGACAAUUUCCGCUCCCCCAUUCCCUCCGCGGUGCCAGUGGCAGCUGUCACCUGUAAGGCGAGCACCGCGCACGGGGCAUGGAGCCCGGCGCCCAUUGGACAGAACAUAAAGACAGAAAUCCAGCCCUGAGGCUGGGGGUCCGGCGGGGCGCUGGCGGGGGCCCCUCGCCGCGGCCCCCUGUGCCCUCCGCCGGGAGACAUCCUGGCCCCACGGCGCAGGCGUGACCGAGCUCCUUCUUCGGGGACAAUCACCAGGUGAGCCAGCCGCGGCGGACUUCACUCCCGGAAACCCGGAUCCCGCGUGUCCCGGGAAGCGCCGCGGCGUCCACCUGCCCCGCCGCGGGGACCCGGGACCCGGGGGAGGCGGCUGCCGCGCCUUCCCUCCGCGGCUGGGCCGGACCAUGGCGCUGGCCGCUGCCGCUGCCGCUGCGGCCGCCGCUGCCGGGGUGAGCCAGGCGGCAGUGCUGGGCUUCCUGCAGGAGCGCGGCGGGAAGGUGCGCAACUCGGAGCUGCUGAGCCGCUUCAAGCCGCUGCUGGAUGCCGGCGACCCGCGCGGCCGCGCAGCCCGCAGGGACCGCUUCAAGCAAUUCGUCAACGACGUGGCGGUGGUGAAGGAGCUGGACGGCGUCAAGUUCGUGGUGCUGAGGAAGAAGCCUCGGCCCUCGGAGGGACCAGAGCCCCUGGCCCCCUGCAUCCCUGGGGCACCAACCCCUCCGUCGAAGGCCACUUCCGUCUCGCUAGGGGAGAACUCUGGCCCGGGAGCUGCGCACUCGGCCUCGGCGCAGCCGUCCAUAGAAUCACCGGAGGACCUGGCCCCGCCAUCAGAGCUCCGGGACACCCCCGGGGAUCCGGCCUCUGAACCCACCCAGCCCACUGGGGUGCCGUUGUUAGGCUCGGCCCAGCACCCCGAGGAUCCCGCGGACCCCCGGGUUCCAGCCUUUGAGCUAGCUCUGUCCUCAGAGGGAUCCUCCGCGGAGGUGGCCUCGCCGGUUAGCACGCCGUCGGAGGAAACCUCUCCCGGCGCAGAGCCACCAGACCUGGAACCCGGGGCCGCGAAAGGGCCGCCGCCACCCGCUCCGCGCGCGCCGCCUCCGAAGCCCUGCAUGCUGCCGGUACGCUGCGUCCUGGGCCCCGCCACGCUCCGGGUCCGAGCAGAGGAGCAAGGCCUGCGCCGGCAGCUGUCUGAGGAGCCCAGCCCUCGGAGCUCCCCGCUGCUCCUGAGGCGGCUCUCAGUUGAGGAGUCGGGCCUGGGCCUCCACUUGGGACCCGGUCGUUCCCCGCACCUAAGGCGCCUGUCGCGCAGUGGCCCGCGUCUGCUGAGCCCUGACACCGAGGAGAUGCCCACCGCGCCGCCGCCGUCCGCCGUGCCCCUGGAGCCUACUGAGCACGAGUGGCUAGUGCGGGCGGCCACUGGCCGCUGGACCCACCAGCUUCACGGGCUGCUACUGCGGGACCGCGGCCUAGCUGCCAAGCGCGACUUUAUAUCUGGCUUCACGGCCCUACAUUGGGCCGCCAAGAGCGGCGACCGUGAGAUGGCGCUGCAGCUGGUGGAGGUCGCGCGUCGUGGUGGCGCGCCAAUCGACGUGAACGCGCGCUCGCAUGGCGGCUACACACCGCUGCACCUAGCCGCUCUGCACGGCCACGAGGACGCCGCCGUGCUGUUGGUGGUGCGUCUGGGUGCUCAAGUGCACGUCCGUGACCACAGCGGACGUCGAGCCUACCAGUAUCUGCGUCCUGGCUCCUCUUAUGCGGUGCGACGCCUGCUUGGUGACCCAGGCCUGCGAGGAGCGACGGAGCCAGAUGCUACCAGUGGUGGAAGUGGUAGCCUUGCUACCCGGCAUCCAGUGCAAGUGGCCGCCACGAUCCUCAGUUCCACCACCAGCGCGUUUCUGGGUGUCCUGGCCGACGAUCUGAUGCUCCAGGACCUGGCCCGUGGCUUGAAGAAGUCGAGCUCUUUCAGCAAGUUCUUGGGCGCCUCGCCCAUGGCUCCGCGUAAAAAGACAAAGAUCCGUGGUGGCCUGCCAGCUUUCUCAGAAGUCUCUCGUGGACCCGCACCGGGGCCUUUAGCUGGUUUGGUGCCCAGUCUGCCCCCGGAAACCUGAAGAUCCAUGGGGCUAUGGCCUGGUUGGUCUAUCUAGGCUCGCCUCAUAGUCUAAGUCUGCUCAAGAAUGGGGCUCAACACUUGUUUCCAACUUUGUCCACUGCAGCCUGUUUUAUCCUUAUGGGCCUGCACUUCCAGCCUCUGUUUGAAACCUGAUCUGUCUGAUUGAGAUCUCAGUGAAAGGCUCCUAUGAAGAAACCAGCCUUCAGUCCUGAACUCUGGAGGAGACUUAAAAUUUAGGGUCAAAGGUUAAGGGGCAGCAGCUGGUCUGGCCCCUGAAUGAGCUAACCAGAUGCCUCUGAGUCUACACACUCCCAAGCCAGAACUAGAGCAAGGGUCUCUUUGAAUGUUCAAAGAUGUUGGGUUAUUUGUCAACUUUAAGAUAUGUAGUGGUUUUGUAAUUUGAUGCUUUUAUUCUGUUUUUAAAUUGAAAUGAGGUAAAGCAACUUUCAUAAUAACCUUUUAAAACUAUAUUUUUCCAUUUUUAGGCAAAGAGCUUAGACAUUUUCAAUCUUUUGCUAAAUAUUUUGGAAUUCCAUUUUAAAACAAAUAGAAUGCUCAAGAUCUAAAGGAAAUUAGUCCCAACCAAGAAAACUCUUAAAAGUUCAUCUACCUCAUUUUAGUCAAUCAUGAUUCUGGGGAGUCUUGAACACAGAAUAACUAUUGUGACCCAUAUGAAUGUAACUAAUUGCAGUUGUACUGUGAAUGCUAAAUAUUAAGAAACCAGUGCAUCUUGGGAGUAAACAUGAUUUAACAAAGAUAGAAAAGAGACAUUUUGGGAAUACUUAUGGUGAAAUGUAAAUGUAUGUUUGGCACUCAAAGGUGGCUAUUCUGAUUUGGCAUGAAUAUUUAGUUUUCUUAAAUUGUGAUCUCUUUGUGAAUUAUGCCUUAGUGCCACAUUUGUGAAUCUGUGAUUUUCACACCUUGCUAAGCCUUUCAGUGCAAUGGGUGAAUAUUCAAAGGAAAAAAAGUUAUAACAUCAUACCAGAAAAACAACUGAUUAAAUAGUAAUUGAUACAAUUAAGGAGUAACUCUUUUACUUGAAAAUCCUGAAUAAGCAAAAAGUAUGUGGUAUCUAUUUUUUUAAAAAAAAUUGAAAGUAGACAAUUUAUUCUAAAAUAACAUAUGUAGAAGAAUCUUUGCUCAGUGACAUUGAACUGAGAACUUAACUUCUCUAGACCUUUGUUUCAAUCAUAAAUUGAGAAGGCUUGUAGAUAUCGCCAAGAUUUCCCAGGUUUGGCACAGGAUAAUUAUAAGGGUACAUUUUCUAUUUCAAAGAUGUCAAAUCUAUUUGCUCAGUCAACUUUUUUAUUUCAUAUCGUGAUAAUGGUCUGCUUUUGCAAAUUAUGUUUGCAUGUCAUUAGUUAUAUCAAAUGAUUUUUGUGGCAGAGAGUAGUAGGGCUUUCCCUCUUCUUCAGUAUAUAUCAGUGAGGCCGUUGAAGUUAUUUAAGGCAAUCAUUCAUGGAAUGUUUUGAUUUAAGCAACAAAAUAAACAGACAGCAUUUAAAAAAAAAAAAAGAAAGAAAGAAACACUCCAAAUGUAUCACCUGGUAUAAGUGUAAUUAAUUUAGAACAUUUGUUGAGUUCUUUCAUACCUCUUUAGGAAUCAAAUUUUAAUUAAUGACCAAGCACAAAUCUUAAGUAUAGUUAUUGUUUAGUUUAAAUGAUCAUCAUAAAAUAAGUAAGAUCAUAAAUACCAAACCAUACACUUUCCUAAUGAUCUGACAGUAGAAAUUAUCUAAUAUUAACCAAAUCAUUGGUGGGAUCAGUGGUUAUCCUCUCAUAUUAUCAGAUAAGUUUCUUCAAAUUCAUUCUGAAUAUAGAAUAUUUGUGGUCUGUAAUAUAGAGAAAUUUGAAUUCAAUUAAUUUCUUUUCAAAUUCAAUGCAUUAUUAGUUCACUGUAUUAUAGCAUGGAAUAAGAUACACAUGAAAUCAAUGAGAGAGAGAGAGUCAAAGAGAAGGGAAUUAUCACACUGAUAUGGUCAUCAUCGCUCAAACUGGAGUCCAAGAAUAAGUGGAAGCUCAACAGAGCUUUGGAGAACUACAAAUUAUACAAGAAUAAGUAAGUAUAUACAACAAAUAGCACAUUAAAAUAUCAGAGUAUAUAAAGUUUUCUAAUACAUACUCUUAUAAUUAAUAUAAAUAAAUGUAUUUUAUAAUUAUUUUACACAAUAGUUUGUAUUCUCAUUAAGUAUAUACAUUCUUUUCAUUCAGAUGCUGAUCUAAAAUGUUUUAAACAGUUUUCACAUAUUAUGGUACAGUUUUCUCAUUUCUUUCUCCAAGAUUUUAUAUUUGGGAGUUCAUUCCAGUCAAUAGAUCAUUAAAGGAAAAACUUUGAACUUGUAUAGUGCUCAUAACCAUUGGGCUGUGCCUUACAAUCUUCACAAAGGUACUAAUAUCUGGAAAAACUUUGGUAAAAAAAUGACUUUUUUGUUUGUUAAUAAUGCAGUGCAAAAAGAUAUUUAAAAUAUUUGUAAUUACAUAAACAUAUUUUCUUUGGAAUUACUCUUUCUUUGUUUUAGUAACAUCAAAUUAGAAAUACCAAUUAAGUGUAAGUUAAUAUUGCUACAUCUUCACUCUCAAGCGUGACAUUGCAGUUGAGGUUCAGUAAAUUGAUAUCUUUCAAAUUAAUGUUAUAAACAUGAAAUUAUUCAUUUUGUAAUUUGUAUUUACUUGAAAAUUUGCUUGGAAGGUAUAUUUGUGUGAGAGUAUAAGCAUUAGGAUCUAUUCUUGGUUGUGUUAGGGGUCAGUCAUGAGCACGUGAGUAGACAUACACAUCAAAGACAAUCAGUCCAUAGAUCACAGGAUUCGGGAUAACAGAAAAUUUUGUCAAAGCAGACAAGCAUUAGGAAAAUGGAAAAUGGUAUUUCCAACCUCCUUAGAGAGUCAAUUAUAAUACAUUACAGGAAGUAUUGUUUCAAGAUCUCAUUAUCAGGCCCUCAUAACUCUCUUUGUUGUGACAGAUCAUCACCAAAAACUGGUUACAGUCACCUUUCAACCAUCAGGACCCAAAGAUUUUCUGAAGUCUCUACAAAGGGUAACAAACCACUUAAUGUAGUAUGAAAAACUGAAGUAAGAUGAAAGGGACCCAAAUCCCUUAAAAAACCUGGAGUCUGUAAUAGCUACCCUAUUCUCUCAUGAGAAGGCCUAUCCUGUGUAUCCCUAGUCUGUUUCUAAUUAACUUCCACCUACUACUUUGUGCAACACACAUAAAUCCUUUCUAUUGGGAUUGCCAAGAACUGGCCCUACCAAUGCUGAAGUUACUUGGGGUCCAUGGGUCUUCUCUUCAAGAGUUAGGUGUAUAAUUUAAAGACUAAGGCAAUGCUGGGCACAGUGGGACAUGCCUGUAAUCCCAGUGAUUUGGGAGGCUGAGACAGGAGGAUCUCAAGUUCUAAGCCAGCCACAACAACUUAGCAAGGCCCUAAGUAACUCAGUGAGAUCCUAUCUCUAAAUAAAAUAUAAAAAUGGGCUGUGGCCGCCCCUGGGUUGAGUUCAAUUCCUGGUACCAAAAAGACUAAGGCAACAAUUAGAGGGCAUAUGAAUUUGAUACUUAAGUUUCUAUGUUUUACUUAAGUAUAAAGAACAGUGCUGUGAAUGAUAGGAAGAAGGAUUUUCCUUUCUAUAUUUUAUAAAUUGCUAUGAAGCAUCAAGUGUAAAAUCAAGCUAUAGAUAAAUGUUCUUUGAAUUUAUGAAUUUCAAAUUACAAAUUUCAACCAUACCAUUAAAAAUAUUCAAUACAGUGGGUAUUGCUCUUGUUUUCCAAUUUAUCUAAAGAUAUAGGAGAAGCAAAAGCUCAAUACAAUAGGAAUGACUUUAUAAACUGGAAACAUUUGCCAAUGGUUCAAAAAAUAUGUGGUGAUAUUUCAAAAAUCAAGUGAAAAUUCCAAGUUGGUUUUACUCCAAGUAGAAUUAAAAAGAAAAUCCCAUUUAUCUAAAAUCAAAAUUGUUUUCUUUUGAAAAUGACAUAAGUAUAAAAAUGCAAAUAUGUUUUCAUCCCUAUCCAAAACUCAAAUUAAAAUCACUUGCUGGUUGUCCUCAAUCAUCUACCUUUUCCUUCUAAUCUCAAAAAUGAGUUUUACAGAGAUUAUAAUUUUAUAAGAAAUAUCUAAAAAUACAUUAAAACUUUGACUUGAAAAUAAAGUUGUUGAAUGUAAAA